UACCUUUUACAAAAAUUUUCCAUCCGAGGUUAUCACUUAUGACCAGUGGGUGCAAUUAAAACCAGAACCAAAAAGCAUGUUUCCUGGAUGGAUUAAAAGUGCCUUUCGUGGUGGGAAGAAGGAGAUGCAGGAAUCUUUUCAUGAACAACAUAACUUUAUUCUCAGCACAGCUCCGAUGUGGGACAGGAUGGAGCUUAAAUAUAACAAGUAUGUUCUUGGAGAAUUUCUGGAAUUUAAAGGGAAGCAAGAGGAUGUUGUAGCUUUGAGAAUUAUCAAAAGAUCGAAAGUUAGUCGCCUCAUCAUCCAAAAGAUUAGCAUGUUUGGAUUAGCUCAUUCAAAGCUUCAGGUUUUGUACUCUCCUCGAGAUUAUCGAAGUGGAGGAGCUUCGGCUUCUGAGUGGAAGGAAGUAACUGUAAGAUCGAGUACAGAGGUCGUAUUCCGGCCUCAAAAUUCUACUAAAGUCUGCAAGUUCAAGAUCUCUUCGAUCACGUCUCUGUCUCCAAGUGCCUGA